GUCACUUAAAUUGAAAAAAAACUCCCUUACACUACCCUUCCGGGGGUAGGUAAAAAGGAGGUGUGACAGGUGCCAUCCUUUGCUCCCUUGUGCGCGACUUCUAAGAACAUGGCGCUACAGGCGAUGAGCGAUGCGGAAUUAGCACUGAGUAUAUCUGGCAUGGCUUUGCGAACUCUUAUCAUGGAGAUUGAGCGUGACCGGCGGGAGGAGCGGAGAACGGACAGUUUUAAGAAGGUGACCUCUAAAUAUAAAGAGUACCGUACUAAGCAUCAAACGUUGGCCAAGGUCUUUAACCAGGAUAGCGAGUUUCAGCUGUUUCGUGACGGGCUUAAAAAGAAGGACGAGCAAUUGGCCAAAAAAGAUGAAGAGUUAAAGGAGAGGGACGAUGAGCUAAUGAGAGCCAUCGGUCGGUGCAGCGAGCUUGAGGCAGCUUUAAAGGCCAAGGAUGACGCGUGAGCAAGGGGUUAUGGCUGAGAAUGCCGAUCUUCAAGCGCGGGUGGCAUCUUUAACUGUUGAACUUGGGCAGAGGGUGGCGAAGGCUGUUGAUCUACGGGUGAGUUGAGUGCCAAGGUCGAAGAAUUGGCUCGUGCUGAGAAAGGCAUAGUGGUCGCUAUGGCCGAAGUGGCAGCCUUAGAGGAUACCCUCCGCAUCUGUAUGUCCGAGCGGAAGAAUGAGGCAGAGACUACGAGACUUACGGUGGCGAGGUUAGAGGAGAGGAUCUAGAACCUGGAGGUAGAGUUAUCUGGAUUUAACGAGCAGGUCGUUACCUUAAAGGCUGAGGAGGUGCGACGACAGUCACAGUCGUCCACAUCUCAUACUUCUACCAAUCUCGGCAUGCCGGGGGAUUUGUAUGAGAUGUGGGUUCACGCUGAGGCUCAACUUGAUGUGUAUAAGUCUUUGAAAUCCUACGGGAAAAUUUCCGAAGAAAAACUCAAGGGCGUCCGUGUUAAGGCACGUGCGGCCCAUGAAGCGUGUGGUUAUGCCCCUGAUACACCUAGUAGGGAUGAUGUUAACGAUGAUGCGGAUAAGCUUGCCUCUGAUUCUUGGUAUGAUGAUGAGUAAGCUAAUGGGGAUGAUGUGGCGUAAAGCCGCCAUACUUAGUUUUUUGUUUUGUUUUGCUAUUUUUGUGAGGGCGUCUUUGGGCCCUUUGUAAAAAGCAUUGUAAUUUGAUAGUCGUAAUGGAACAGCUCCCUUUUUGCUACGUA